UCGUGGGCGCGCGUAGCGGGCGCGCGUAGAUUGGCUGCUUCGGUGGCGGCGUCUCAGGCCUGAGAGACUGCGCGAGCGAGCCGAGUGGGCGCGGAGGAUUCUCGCGGCUCCUUAGAUAUAGUCAUUUGUCUUACACAAGAGGCUUCAGUGGGAAGUGAGAGUGCAUCAGUAGAUAAGCAGCUGACUAUGAAUUCUGAGCAAAACAUGCAUGAGUUAGGCAAUGAAGUCACAUCUGAGGACCUUGAACCAUCAGCGAGGAACUCCAGGAACAUACAGGCCAUGGAACCUUAUCCAGACGAAGGGCCAUUUACAAAGUGCAGUAUUAUGGAAUGUGGAAAGAGUGAUAGGAAUUACGAAUCUGAGAUUUCUCAAGUUAUCCCAGACUUAAAUAAAGAGACAUCAGUAGCAUAUCUUCAAAAAGAAUUGGAAAUUCUCAGAACAAGCAAUAAAAAGCUUCAAGAAAGAUUGACUAAAGAAGAUAAAGAAAAGAGAAAAUUAGAGCUUAGGUUGGAACUGCAGGAGAAAGCCGCCGAGGCUGAAAUCGCUGAGAGGACGGCAGCUUUGGUCGAAGAAGUGUAUUUUGCGCAGAGAGAACGUGAUGAAGCUAUUAUGUGCAGACUGCAGCUAGCUCUUGAGGAGAGAGAUGAAGCAGUUGCACGUGUGAAGCAUAUGGAAAUGUCACUGAAAAUGCUAGAAAAUAUUAACCCUGAAGAAAAUGACAUGACAUUACAGGAAUUACUGAGCAGAAUAAACAAUGCAGACACUGGGAUAGCUAUUGAGAAGAAUGGAGCUCUAAUUGUGGAUAGAAUCUCCAAGACCAAGGAGUGUAAAAGGAGAAUAACUGCAGAAGAAAUGAAGGCGGUGAUAGACGAGCGGGACACGGCUUUGUCUCAGUGCAAACGGCUGCACCAGGAGCUUCAUCGUCUGAAAGAGCAGAAGCAGACUUCAGCAAACAACACGAGACACCCGACUGCUGAAAACAAUCAGGAACGUGCUCUGAAGGAAAAAUUGUUAUCGAUGCAGCAAGCCAGAGAAACUGCAGUUGAGCAAUACAAAAGGCGAGAAGAAAUACAGACCUUACGAGUUUACUACAGUUUACACAAAUCAUUAUCUCAAGAAGAGAACUUGAAGGAUCAGUUUAACCAUGCCCUUAGUACCUAUGAAGAAGCCUUGAAAAACAGAGAGAGCGUUGUUUCCAUCACUCAACAGCAGAACGAAGAACUGACCACCCAACUUGAGAAGGCUCUGACUCAGCAAGCAAGCAUGGAGUUACAGCUUCAGCGUGCUCUCGAGGUCUCCCAAGCAGCCAAUGAAAAAGUUCAGAAGUAA